GCCAGGGUGAAAGGUCGGCGCGCCGGCGACACUCCCAACAUGGCGGCGGCCGGGGCGGCUGCGCGUAGUCCUGGAGCUCGAGCGCGGCGCCCGCCCACGUCCCCGCCUCGUGCAGCGCGGCUGCCCGGGCUGCUGCUGCUCCUGGCUGCGGCGGGGCCGGGAGCGGCACGGCUGUACCGCGCGGGCGAGGACGCCGUGUGGGUGCUGGACAGCGGCAGCGUGCGCGGAGCCACGGCCAACAGCUCGGCCGCAUGGCUCGUGCAGUUCUACUCCUCCUGGUGUGGCCACUGCAUCGGCUACGCGCCCACGUGGCGGGCUCUGGCCGGAGACGUGCGAGACUGGGCCGCUGCCAUCCGCGUCGCUGCUCUGGACUGCGCGGAAGACAAGAACCAGGAGGUGUGCCGCACCUAUGACAUCCACUUCUACCCCACCUUCCGGUAUUUUAAAGCAUUUACAAAGGAGUUUACAACGGGAGAAAAUUUUAGAGGGCCUGACAGGGAGCUGCGCACGGUCAGGCAGACGAUGAUCGACUUCCUGCAGAACCACACGGAGGGCCGCCGGCCACCAGCCUGCCCGGCUCUGGACCCGAUCCCGCCCAGGGACAUCCUCGCCCUCCUCGGCAGCCGUGGCGGCCACUACGUGGCUGUGCUGUUUGAAAGCAACAGCUCCUACGUGGGGCGAGAGGUGAUUUUGGACCUGAUUCCGUACGAGAACAUCGUGGUGAGCAGAGCCCUGGACGGGGACAGGGCUGUGCUGGAGCAGCUCGGCGUGGCUUCGCUGCCUUCCUGCUACCUGCUCCACCCCAACGGCUCCCACGGUCUGAUUCACGUUGCGAAGCCGCUCCGAUCCUUUUUUUCCUCUUAUUUGAAGUCAUUGCCAGAUGUAAGGAAAAAAUCACUUUCCAUGCCUGAAAAGCCCAACAAGGAAGAAAACACAGAAGCCAUGGUUUGGAGAGAAUUCGACAGGGCCAAGCUGUACACGGCCGACCUGGAGUCGGGGCUGCACUACCUGCUGCGGGUGGAGCUGGCUGCGCACAGGUCGCUAGCUGGAGCCGAGCUGAAGACCCUCCGGGACUUUGUGACAGUUGUUGCCAAGCUGUUCCCUGGCCGGCCGCCUGUCAGGAAGCUGCUGGGGACGCUGCAGGAGUGGCUGGCCACGCUGCCCCUGGACCGGAUCCCCUACAACGCGGUCCUGGACCUGGUCAACAACAAAAUGCGGAUUUCCGGGAUCUUCCUCACCAACCAUGUACAGUGGGUGGGGUGUCAAGGAAGCCGCCCAGAGCUGAGGGGCUAUCCAUGCUCCCUCUGGAAGCUCUUCCACACUCUGACCGUCCAGGCCUCUGCCCACCCCGAGGCGCUGGCCGGCACAGGGUUUGAGGACGACCCCCAGGCCGUGCUACAGGCCGUGAGGAGGUACGUGCGCACCUUCUUCGGGUGCCAGGAGUGCGGUCAGCACUUCGAGGAGAUGGCUGCAGAGUCCCUGGAUGCCGUGAAGACCGCAGACCAGGCUGUGCUCUGGCUCUGGAGGAGGCACAAUGCCGUGAACAGCCGCCUGGCAGGCCAACUGAGUGAGGACCCCAAGUUCCCAAAGGUCCUGUGGCCCACUCCAGACCUCUGCCCCGCCUGCCACGAGGAAAUCAAGGGCCUGGACAGCUGGCACGAGGGCCAGGUGCUGGCGUUCCUGAAGCAGCACUACGGCAGCAGCAACCUGGUGGACACGUAUUCUGCAGACUUGGGGGAUGCCAAGGACACAGUGGCCGUGGGCCAGAGGCUGGCGGAAGGCAGAGGACUCACUGCCCCAGAGAGGCCCCAGGGGGACCAGCAUGCACCAAGCCUCCGCCCAGCCCACAGGCUGGGUCCCAGGACCAGACUUUCUGAGAGCCCGCAGCACAGGCUGGAGGCAAGAGCCCAGAGUCCCCAGGGGCCACAGGCGCGUGAGGAGGCCGAGGCAGCCGCGCCCUUCCUGGGCGUCGGCUUCUCCAGCCUGGACAUGAGCCUUUGUGUGGUGCUGUAUGUGGCCUCCUCCCUGUUCCUGAUGCUCAUGUACUUCUUCUUCCGAGUGCGGUCCAAGCGGUGGAAAAUUCGGCUCUACCACCCUGCUGUGUAGCGCCCACGGGCCAGGGCGGCAAGCAGCUCAGCGCAGAGAGCCCAGACCACCCUGCCCCCCAUUUCCCUGCAGCUUUAGCGUUGGUGAUCGGGGAUUUUGUAAAUGUGUUGGUUCUGGACCCUACCACGUGGCCCAGGGCACUGGUCCCUGUCCACGGCCUCCACAGCUCCUGCUUCAGAGCCCUGUGUGCGUCGCCUGAGGAUGGGAAGAGCAGAGGCCGCCGCAGGGCUCCACAGAGACUCCUGCAGGACCUGCUUCUGCGCUUGGAGAAACUCCCUGGAGGUGGCCUCAUGGUGACACAGCAGAGCCACAGCAGUGGCCUUCCGGGUGCCUUGAAGCAGGUGCAGCCGUGGUCCUGGCUUCGCCAUCGGUGCCUUUCAGCCGCUUGGCUGUCCCUGCCUGACCUGUGAUCAUGGGCACUCGGGGUGCAGAGGCAGCGGAGGGCUCUCGUCACCCCGUGCCUGCAGGCUGGAAGGGCCAGGGGUUUUGUGGCUUGGCUUUCUCAAAAUGAACCCAGGGACCAUGGGGAAUAAACUUGGGGCUCAGAAGGGCCAGGGUGGUGGCAGUGCCUUCUGUUUGUCUGGUGGCAGAGACGUGAGGGUCACCCCAGUGUGGCUGUCCAGGGUCAGCAUGGUUACAGUCUCCGGGAGGCCUGCACGGCGGCCCCUCUGAGUCCUGAGUUCCUCGUCAUGCUGCGCCGAGGAAGCGCUGGGGAGAUGCCCAGAGGAGGUUGAGGCCCCGUACUGGGAGGAGGUCGCACACGGGCACGUCCUAGACUUCCUUGGGGAUGUUUUGAUCAUUUAACAGUUGAAACACAUUGUAAAACCCAAAAUACUGCAGUGGUAAGUUUGCCUCCGCAGACUUCAGCAGAGCAAAGCAGACCCUCCUGGGACUCUCCCCAUGGACCGCUGUGCCCGAGGCCUGUCUGGCAAGCUGUUUUUUUGGAUAAAGUGGGUUGGAUGAACCUGCAUGCCUGUCUGUGUGCUUGCACACGUGUGUGACCAGGAUAGUAGUAAAUAUUUUUCCACUUUCCCUGUUUUAUACUCCCAUAUUUCCUUAUACAGUCGGUCACGUGGGUGUCGUUAAGCGCCGGUAAUACCACUGUCCUUGCUGUGUGAGACACAUGGACAGCUGCCGCCUGCCUGGCCUCCCAUGGCCAGUGCAGAGGUGGAGGGACAGGGAGCGCCCGCUGGGGGCCAGCGGCCUGGCUGCCCCUGCUUCACCUCCUGUUUCACCUUCCUUCUUGCCGUGUCCUCUGCUGUCGUGGACCCCUAGCUGGUCUUGGUCACUGGUUUUGUGCCUGGAAUGUUGAAGGCACUGGGUUGUCUCCGUCCGCCUGAGAACCCUCAGCCAAAUGGCUCUGCACGGCGUUGGAGGAGGCGUCCCCAGGGAAGUGGGUUCUGGAACCGAGAGUCGCUGCCACAUGGGGCUGCUCUUUGAAGUGGGGGUCACCACUCCGAGGGUCCUGCAGUCGGGCAGAGCUUCUAGGCUUCCCUGGCUGAGGGCAGCUGACUGGCGCAGUCCCCCACAUGUCACGUGGCCUGCCAGGCCCAGGGCCACCUGUAGGCACAGUGUAAGGUCUGUUUUCUAAAGUUGUAAGUAUUGUCAGAGGUAUGGAGACUAAUGGAUAUAAUAGGUCAGUAAUUUAAAUGUUUAUUUAUUUUUAAUGGAAAGAUUUUGAUUAAAAAGCCAAUUGACCUGGAAAUGUUAGUGAAAUUUCUUACCUGCAAAGAAAGUGGACAUUUUGUAUUUAAGUAAACUAUAAUUGUGUACAUUUUAAGAAUAAAGAAAACACAUUUGAGAAAA